GUGAAGGAACGGGAAGAGGCGGAGUCUGCAGCUCGACAACACGGAAGAGGAGAUGACCGCGGGUCCGUGACCGAGCCCCGGAGACUCAUGGGCUCCACAGCAGCUGUUCCGCGCGCUGAAAGAUGCUCAUCACGCUGUGCUACAUCUACCUGUGGAUGCGCUUCCAGAGACACUACACGGCCGUGAUCCGCAGCGCGUUACACCGCCUCAGCAGCGGCCAGAGCAGCUUCACCUUCUGCGCGCUGAAGCCCGAGAGAACCGAUCUGCCCCGCGAGCACGCGCUCUUCCUCAGACUCGGAGACAGAGUCAUCUACAUCACCGAGCCGCAGGUGUGUGUUGAUCUCAGUAAGUGGACACUGUUGGGAUCUUCACUGAUUUGUGGUCGGCGGAUAGAAAGCGUCGCCUUCAUCAUACAGGCCACAUCAAGACAGAACGUUCCAGCGUCUCCAUACAGAACCGAAGAGAAAGUGCUGAACUGGUCUGAUUACUGUGUGCCGUUGGCGUACAGUCCAGGACAGCCGUACCGGGCCAUCGCUGAAGCCAGCCUGGACAACUUCAGCCGCCUCGGCGUGGCUUUUAUGGAAGAUCGUCUGCACAUGGGCAACGGGCUCGUACCUGAAAAGAUAGUUUCCGUGUUACUCAGAGAGACGGCGCUCCGAGAGCUGUUCGAGCAGCAGCAGGACGGCAGGAGGAUCGAGGCCGAGCCGACGGAGCGGCGAGACUCUCCACAGCUUCCUCAGGAGGAGCCGGAGCUCCCGUCCGAACACCAGCACAUGGACGGACACCACCUGCACCUCUCCAGCUGCCACGAGUGCCGGGAGCUGGAGAACAGCACCAUCCUGUCUGUGAAGUUCGCCUCCGUGGAGAACAUCCCGGAUCUGCCGGAUGACUACGCCACCGCGGACGAGGAGGAGGAGGAGCGCGGGAGGAGGAUCAGCGGCGGGAAGCCGCCCAACGUGCUGGUGUUCACCGGCGGCUGCGAGGAGCAGUUCCAGAAGAUCCGCUCGCUCCUGGUGGAGUGUGUGGACACGGACCGCUACGCCAUCUACCACCUGCGUCCACAGCAGGCCCUGAGCGAGCCCUGGCUGGACAACACGCUGCUGCUGGUGCUGGCCACCGACCAGACGCUCACGCCACAGCUGCAGCUGCGCUUCCUGUCCUACCUGAGCCGGGGCGGGAAGCUCCUGGGCCUGUCGUCCUCGCUGUGUCCCGCCGGACUCACGCUGCGGCCCCGAGACACACAGAGUGACCGCAUCUGCAGCCUGACCUUCACCAAGUCGGACAGCACGGAGCUGCAGCUGAGCGUGUUGUCCAGCGGGAGUGUGUUCGAGCGGGACGGAGCCAGCGGGGGGGACGUGGAGCUCUGGGGAGAGAUCAGUGCGCAGGACGAGAGGGAGAUGGCCAUCGUGCGUGUGACCCACGGAGUGGACAGCGGAGAGGCCGUCCUGUGUCAGGUGCGUUUGGAAACGGCUCCGGAUGCUCAAGGCUCCGCCGGCUUCUCAGAGCUGAAGAUGAGCAACGCCCGGCGCUACGAGGUUCUGACGGAGAUCCUGACGUCUCUGGGUCUGAGCUGUGAGCUGAGUCAGGUGCCGCCGCACAGCCCCGUCUACCUGCUCAGCACAGACACGGAGCAGGCGGGCCGCUUCUUGUGCUGGCUGCGGGCGCAGGCGGGUGAUUCGGGUGGAGUUCUGCGGAGCGCUGCGGGGGGUCUGAAGGUGGUGUGGGCCGGAGACGAGCCUCCGGAUCUGUGUGAGGGUGAGUGUGUGUUACACACCGAGCCGCCCGAGAGCUUCUCUGAGCACUUCAGCCUGCAGACGUACAGACAGCACCUGCAGACGCAGCGGCUCGGCCGGACCGUCCUGUACGCAGACAUCACCUCCAGCACCAUGGACCUGCUGCACGGGAUGAUGUUGCAGUCGCCACAGGAAGUGGGGUUAAUCGCCAUAGCAGCACGUCAGACACAGGGCAAAGGCCGCGGGGGGAACGCCUGGUUGAGUCCGCUGGGGUGCGCCAUGUUCACGCUCCACCUGCAGCUUCCUGUGGACUCACGCCUCGGACAGAGGAUCCCCUUCCUGCAGCACCUCGCCGCCCUCGCCGUGGUGGAGUCUGUGCGCACGCUGCCCGGAUACGAGGACGUGGACCUGCGGCUGAAGUGGCCCAAUGACAUCUACUACAGUAACCUGAUGAAGCUCGGCGGGGUUCUGGUCAACUCCACCGUCACGGGGCACACCUUCAGCCUUCUGAUCGGCUGCGGGUUUAACGUGAGCAACAGCAACCCGACCGUCUGCAUCAACGACCUGGUGCUGCAGCAGAACCUGGACACACUCGCUCCGGAUCAGCUGAUCGCUCGUUCGGUCACGCUGCUGGAGCGCUUCGUCUCGGACUUCCAGCUGCGCGGCCCGCAGGCUCUGCUGCCGCUCUACUACAGCAGAUGGGUGCACAGCGGCACACGUGUGCGUCUCUGGAGCGAGGACGGGCCCGAGGCCGAGGUGGUGGGUCUGGAUGAGAACGGCUUCCUGCAGGUGAGGACAGGAGAGCAGGUCGUGUCUGUGCAGCCGGACGGAAACUCCUUCGACAUGCUGAGGAACCUGGUGGUGACCAAAACCAGCUGAAGAUCUCCAGUACACGUCUCCUACACUGACAAGCUGCUCACCCAUCAUUUAAUACAAAUUCAUUUAGCAGAAAUGUCUUUCUCUUUCGGAGUUGUUUUAACUAAUUUCAGCGCCUGAUUGUACUCUGUUCUGCUCCUGCGGUGUGAUGCUUUUCAGAGUCUAACAGGAGACUCGACAGAUGUGACUCUUGAGAAGUGUGUGUGGUGUGUGCUGCAGAAUAACAUGCACCAGUCAAUCUCUGGUGAUUUGAUUUCACUUUACCAGUAAACGUGCAGACAGACAGAAGGGACGUUUAUGGGCUUUAAUAUGAGCGAUAUUUCAGUGUUUGGUGUAAUGGAUCAGAGUGAUUACUGAGGAAAAGCACAUGCUCAUCACAUUACGCUCAGAAAUAUUGAUUUGAAAUCAAGUGGAAAAGGGUUUCUGUGAUUCUUCCCAUGAGAGAAGUUUCCCAUCUCAGGAACACACUGGUUUAGUACAGUGAGGAGUUAGUUUAGAUUGGUAGUUAGUGAUCUGUAGUGGAUUACUCUCUAUUAACCCAACACUGGCCUCACUCUCAGCAAACUGAAGAGCUUCAUGUGGAAAUCUGACUGACGCUCGUUAAAACUUUUUGUCUGUAAUUCUCGUUUGGUUGCACGCUGGAUUUUGUAUAUUCAUAUCACGUCAGGUAAUCUAUCACUAAAUAUUUUGUAAUGAUUCGUGGUUUGUAAACAGAUACAGAUGAUCCCUUUUAAAGAAGACAUUCCCGAGUUGUAUAAAAUGAAAUAAAAUGAUUGUGACUGA